AUGCCUAAGCAGCAUCAAUUAUCUGAUUAUGUUUGCGUCUCUCACUUCAAUUUGGUAAAUAAAACUUAAAAAUUAUUGCUUGACGAAGAGAAUAAUUUUUCUAAGUUGAGGUUUCUUCGCAUCUUUUUUCGAAGUUUCUCCGAUCUGUAGAGUUUUUUCUUCAUUUCGUUAACGUGGAGGACGCUCGAAAAGCGCACAAUCUGAGUAAUUUCACCAUAUCCAUAGCGAAAAGCAUCGAUGACUUCAGUUCAUGGGGCCGUAAGUUUUUACAAUCGUUAGUAAUACAAUCAAAAGCUCAGAGACCUUGCGUAACUCUCUCAUACUGUUCGUGAUUCGUUAUGCUGUGGAUUCGGAAUCAGUCGAUUGCACGAAAUUGAAAACUGGGCAACUCGCUCUCCUCGUUUCAUUCCGAGAACGCGUCAUUGGAUCCAUUGCGAGAUGCAAUAAAUCGAAAAAGUCAUCAGUGAGUUGUUCAAACUAUUUUUGCCGAGCCCACUGAUAUUUUCUUUUAAGAAAACGGAGCCACCUUCCGAAGAAAAAUGCUGCAUCGAGGGUUGUCACAACAGGUGAUACUAGUUAUUUUAAAAUUUUUGAUUUUUGAUCUUUUAGCUUAUCUACCUUGAAUGCUUGGCUGGAAGAGCCGUGCUCACUUCACAAAAUAAAGAACAGCUCGUGUAGUGCCAGUUGCAAACUGGAACAACCUGUUCGAUUUUUGAAAUUAGUUGGUGCAUUUGCUCUCCAUACGGUUCGUUUCACCCGGAACUUUAGCGUGAGCUGCGCGAACCUUUGCGGUCAAUGUACAUGGAGCUCUGUUUUCCAGACAAAGUCGUAGAACAGGUUCCGGUUAUUUCGAAAAAGUAUUUUAUGACGUUAACUUUGCAGUGCAGUAAAAAUAAUAUUUUGUUUGAUGAAAUCUUGUCUAAAUCUGUCGUCUGCUCCUGGCAUUUUCAUCCUUUCCAUCAAUCGUUCAAAUACCCGUUUCCUAUUCUCGCCCUAAGACAGAAGGUUCGAAAUUUGCUUCAAAAAAAAAAGAAGAAGUUUUCAAUUUUUAAGACACACGAGAGAAUUCACCAAGUUGCCAAAAAGUACGAUCUACAGUCUUUGCUGACGUACUCCUUCUAUUCUCUUGACAUUUCUCGUGUCAACGACUUGACUCCAACCUUCACGUUCAAAGUUCAAACUACAACUCUUUCCAAUUAAAUUUUUCUUUUUUCUCAGGAUAUCUUCGAGGGAGAAACGAUGAAAGGCUGCGAAAUAUCUCAUCCAUAUUUUGUGCCGAUGGGAGAGGAAAAAGAGUACAUUGUAUAGAUUUUCAUUUCAUUUAAGCCUUUUUUUCAGGUUCCUGAUUUUUUCCGACUUUGUAUCCUUCGAAAAUCAUCCUGCGGUUUCAAAUCAAAAUACGAAAGUGUCUCCGAAGUCCAGCGUUCAAAAUAAAUCUUCUGAGCAAGUCCCGGGUCCUUCUUGUACCUCAAAACCGGACUCUAUAGAGGGCGCGUGUUUCUCUGAUGAUGGUGGGUUCGAGUUUUGAAUAGAUUUACACAAGAAACACCUUUUUUCAAAUUAUCAGUAAUAAAAGAAGUUGUUUUCGCUGUAGUUCUUUUUAGAGUUAACUCACCUUACUUUCCUUUCAAAAUUUUCACGUUUUAGUUCGAUUUUGUAGUCUUCUGCAUGAGCUUAAAUGUUGCCGUACGUUUUACGAAGUCUUCCAAUGAUUGUGAAGAUCUUAGAUGAAUUUAAUAUACUUCAGCUUUCGAAGCCAGAGUGAAGGAAGAAUGUCCAGAUUCCGACGACAGCUGUGGUUCGAAUUAUGCCGUGGAAACAAUUGUAAUCAAUAAAAUUCUCAGUCCACAGAGAUUUUAGCUAUUAUUUCCAGUUCAACGCGCCCAAAGACAGUUUGCUCGAGGAACAGGUUGGUUUGGCCAAGUUCUUUCCUGCGAUAGGAAUGCGACUGGUGGUCAACCGCAACGCCAAAGGAGUGGUGAUUAUUUGAAUUUGCUGAAAAGCUUCUCUGGCUUCUUUUAACACAAAAAAGACAAUUUUGAAAGAUAGAUUAUUAAGAAAUCUUCAAAGACGAUUUGUUGUGCUGUCAAGUCCUGUGAACAAGAGAGUAUCGUUGAGAAGAGGUUCAAAGAUGGCGCCGUGCCAAAUUUUUUGGUUCGACUGCCAGCAAAUCUGCUCUUGGCUCUUCGGUGGUUCUACCUUUCAUCCGUGAGCUUUUUUAACUUGAUACUUUCAUCAGCACGCAAAAGAAAAAAUUAUUGAUCUACAGCUUUCAAAAGAGAUUAUAUUGUUUAGAACACUCUGACGGAUUUCGCGAAACAUUUGUUCAAUCUUCGCAAUGAAAUGCUGCAUAACUCAGGUUUUAAUUUUCUCAUUUUGGGUUUAAAUGUUCUGCGAAUAUGACUAAUCGGCGUUUAAAUUUAAAAAAAAUAGAAGACUAAACUGAUUUUUAUACUCGAAAUUAUUCACAACCACCCAUCUCAAACCACAAAUGUGUUACUUCAGGUAUUAUUUUUCCAACGGACGAAAAAGGAGAAAAGUUGAUUCCUAAGGAUGUUCUCGAAUCUCAUUACUUCCACGUUUGUGACAGGUGGAUUCGAAAGACUAACUUCUUCUUAGAAAACCUGGUUAAGGCACUUUUCUCUGGACUACAUCAAAACUGUGAGGCCGGAAAUGUCUCUCAAUGUCCGCUGUAUCCCGUUUGACAGGGUUUCCUUUCAUUAAUUGUCUUUUUGCUCCCCAAAUUAUUUUUUUAAUCAGAUUGAACGAAGCUUCAGAUUUCUUCGUUCUUCACAGAUGCCAAAGAGAGAUCCGUUUUCGGUUCAGUGUUGGAAACUCUUCGAGAAUUCGGCGUUUCUCUCUCAGAUUUCACUUACGAGCAGAGUGAACCAAGAGUUUGCUGUGUGGAUUGUGAGGGUUUAAAAAAUCAGUUUCUAAAAAUCCGUAGAUAUUUAUGAGUCGCUCCGAAGAUGUCAAUUAUUUUUUUAUUCUAUUUUUUUCUCCGCUUCAAACUGUAAAAAAACUUUGGUCAAAUAUUCCUCGUAAUUGUUUAAAAAAAGUUUCACUCAAUUAUCAAAUGAAAAAAAUGAAUGUAAAAAAAUUUAAAAAAAUAAAAAAACAGUUUUCAGCGUGCAAUAAGAGAUACGAUGCGAAGGGUUCUGAAAAAAUAAGGUGUCUCUUCCCGAUUCCCCUUCACCCGUAAGAGAAUCAAAAAAGCAAGCAAAAAGCGCUGAAACAUUUCAGAGAGGAGAGAAUCGAAUGGCUGAGAACCUACAAAACCUUCCAUCCGGAACAUGACGGCGACUUCAAAACGUCUUUUGUCUGUGAUGCUCAUUUCGAGGAAAAUGUUCAGGACAAAACGACGCAAUGGACUGUGAGAUUUUCGCUCUUUCAUUGUGUUCCAGUGUUCUAAGAAAAAGCGUUGUAUUGGAAAUCUCUUCAAAGUUGCGUUCACUCUUACAAAGAGAUGGUCUACGACAGAUUUUAUUGAGAAUUUCCUCCGAAAACUGAAAAUGAGCUUUCUUGUGACCUUGCAUGAGAACUCAAACGUUGAGAACCGGUGUUUUUAUACUUUUCAUUGAAAAUUUCGAGAAGGUGCAAUAUAGCCAGUUCGUCUGUAUUUAUACCGCAUUGAAACGAAUAUCGAACUUGAAGACUUUUUUCCUGGUUGUGUUGCUUGCGUUUUUUGGAGCGAAAGUACAAGCGUUAAGAUGGGAGUUUUCAGUCAAAUCUGACGUCUCUUCGGACCAGAGAUUUCCUCCUUUUUUGAUAGAAAGUUUCUUUGAACGCGGCAUUGAGCCCAGCUUCGGAAUCAGCGUGAAAAACUAGACCUCAUUUAUGUAAAGUAUCCUUUUUAUCCUUUUAAAAUUGAAAGGCCCUUGUAGGCGAAGAAUUAGAUAAAGAAGACUCGUCUCUCAAAGGUUCUAAUCCACGGCUUUCUUAUGAUGUCAUCGUUGGAAGCACGUUCCGUGGCGUCAUCUGAGUACAUUAAUGACUGGGAUUUCAAUAUGAUUUUUUCAGGUACCCUGUCAUCAAUUCUCUGAGGCAGCCUCUUCUUACGAACCAGAUGUUUCCUCUAACGUUGAGCUUUUAACGCCAGAAUUUUCCGCUUCCUACGAUUCUUCGGCUGUUAAGUCCAUUCCAGAACUACGGGAAUGUAUUGUCAGGUUUACAUUUGUACUUUUUUUUUCAAUUUGCGUCACGCAAAAGUUUUUUUUGCUAGAGCUCGAUCUAGUUAUAAGAAAGCUUCAUAAAAAAUGCUGCUCCGAUAUAUGAACUUUGGUUUAGGUCCUGCGGUUCGAAACAUGGCGACUACGACGAAGAGAACCAUUUAGUGAGGUUCAUACCGCUCCCAGGUAUAUUUUUCAAGUAUCUUUUUGAAAGUUGUUUUUAUAUUUUAUAUUUUAUAUUUUUUUCACCUUUCAACAAGUUUCAAUAUAUAUUUAAGUUUUAAAAAGUGUCAGGCAAGGCAAAGAGAUCGAAACGCAAGAAAAUCCUGGACGUUUUACACCUGAACGACGAGUACUUUUACCGGCCCGACGGCACCCUCUUGCGGUGGAUUUGCUCUCGUCAUUACCCGGAACUUGAUGGAGGCGCCAUCCCUACAGAGAAGCAGGUUAACAUUUGAUUCGAACCAAACUAUCACAGCGCACCGUAAAAUGAAAUUUUGAUUGCUCAAUCACAGGCAGAAAAAACACAGUUUUUUUUUCACAAAAACUACGAAACUGCAAAAAAGCAAAAAGGAGAACAAAGGUCUUGAAACGAUAUUUGGUCUAGUUUGAUCCAGUUUGGUAUACGAUGUUUUUGGCAGAAAACAAAAACCGGGCGAGCUGACGCGGAAAAAGGCAUAUUACUUUGUUAAAAUUGUCCGUGUCGCUCUUGAAAAACUUUAUUCUGAUAUUUUCGAAGCGUAUUUCUUUGACUGAUUUGAUCUUCACCGAGGACGUAUGAUAACGUUAUUUCCAAAAAAAAACGCCCACUCAAACAAAGCUCGUUCAAUUGUUCUUUGGAUUUUUCAGCAAGGGUUACUUUUGCCGUCGCGGCACCUGGGUCCUCCCCCGGAAUCGCCACGAUCUCCGUUUUGGAAAGAAGAAGCGGAAGACGCUUCACCGCCUUCUCCACACCCCGAUUCGACCGCCACUCCCAGAAACAGUUCCCCUGAACCUGCGCCAAUUCCGCCGAAAAAACUGAAAAGGUUUCACAAUACUUUGAGAGGAAACUGUUUCGUGUGUGGGAAAUAUCAAAUAUUUUUCAGCGACCUUGAACACGAUGAGUGUUGCGAGAAGUGGAGAAAAGUGAGCGAGAAAAUGCUUUCCGUCUACUCCAAAUUGCUACACGUUCAAAUGCAACUGUCCCUCCUGAACAGGGGGAAAUGUCUUCAGGAAACGUCGGGAUUCGAGGUUCCUUUCUAUUUAGCGAGCUAUAGGAAAGAAAAAAACAAAUUUAUUUUUUUCCAGCGAACAACUAAGUUUUCAAAUUCGUUUAAUUUUUUUUAGAUGCGAUGAGUCAUCGCUAUUUUCAUCCUUCGCAACGAUAAAUAAGGGUUGGGAAAAAUUUGAGAAUUUAGGGUGACAUUCGAAACCAAAAACUUCCUUCUGAAUUUUUAUUUUAGUGAAAAUAGUAACAAUGAGCGAUAUCAACCGGAUCAGGUAACUUUUAUGAUAUUGAGAAGACCAGUGUAGACCAUUUUUCUGAAUCAUGACGAAAUAUAUUCCAGGGAAGUCAGCAAAACUCAAAAAGGAUGAAGCUUUGGGACGAUGAAACGAAUGAUGAGUCAUCGCUAUUUUCAUCCUUCGCAACAACUUCUCGAUUUUCGGAGUCUUCAUUUAAAAGUGAACUUUUUGAGGACUUAGACAAAGUAGCUAAAUGCGGACCUUGA